AUCUCAGUCUAUGGUUUGUGUCAAUGUAAAUAUUCAUUCAUUCAUUCGUUCCUGUCAAAAUUGUCAACAACGUUGUUGGAGUCCCGAAUGGAGUAGCAUUUUUCAGGAACUAAAAUUGAUUUCUACGAGUUUGGUUGGUGAUAAUGAGUACAAUGAAUAUUUCCAUUGAAAAGAAGAGAUCGGACUGCCCAGCCUUAUCCAAAGGCUGGCAACGGGAAGAAGUAUUAAGAAAGACUGGUUUAUCUGCUGGAAAAGUUGAUGUUUACUAUUACAGCCCAACAGGUAAAAAGUUUCGCAGUAAGGCUGAACUAGUUCGUUAUCUGGGUGAUAGUAUGGACCUGUCGUGUUUCGACUUUCAGCAGGGUCAGAUAAACACUAUGCUGCUGUGCAAGGCCAAGAAAGCACGCGCGCAGUUUGAUUACAGGGGUGUUCGGUCUGACGCGUCUUUAGUACCACCUAUCCGCCAAACUGCGUCGAUUUUCAAGCAGCCAGUCACUGUGUAUAAGACACAGGAAAGCAAAGUAAAAACAGACCUGAAACAUGGCACACAGGAGAAACCGAAACAACUGUUCUGGGAAAAGAGGCUUGAAGGUUUGACGGCGUGUGACGCAGACGGUGUAAAAGGCACCACAUCGUUGCCGAAAUAUAUCAAGCCCUUGGGGCCAUACAACUCGGAUGCGACUAUCAUUCAGUCGCUGGCCACAGCUCUCCAUGUUUCCUCUCAACCUAUAACAGGUCAAACCGGAACAAAGCAGUCAAUCCUGGAGAAUCCUGGCGUUUUUUUAAACCCUGAGCAGCCGCUGAUUGCGUCGGUGACUAUCACGAAAGAUGACGUGAGGCGGCAGGAGGAGCGCGUGCGCCGCGCCCGCCAGAGGUUGCGGGAGGCGCUUGCGGUCGUAUAGGGUUACGCCGGCGACGGAGGGCCCAGCGCCGACUCCGUCGCCGACCUGUCAGUCUCGUCCCGACUGUCGGACUCUGCUGAAGCCUCUCCCAAACCCUCGUCUAUGGACAUGAGCGUUGAUGAUUAAGUAUUUUAUAUUAUUGAUGCCACGAGAAUCUCGACCGUUUCUCUGUUAGGCACAUAAGAAUUUUCCAUGUUUUAAUGUUAGGUGUAAAAAUUUAACUGUCGAGGAGAAAUUGUAAAAAGUAAGCAUAGAUUUAGUAGCAAGUCGAAUAUACAAAUGGUGUGGUGUGUUUGUAAUUAAGCGUGUUUGUAAGGUGUUAUACAUAAAAAUUAUAAUUAGAUGUGUGGAUUGUAAAGUCAACAGCAACACUUUAGUUUCUAUAAAUGUUUAAAUACCUAUUGGAUUGGAAGGCAGUACAGUUAUUUUCUUUCAUAAAUUAAAAUACGUAUUUAUAUUCAAGUUGCUGCUGUCAAAAAACAAUCUAAAAUAGGCACAAUUUUCAAAUAUAUUAUCUUAUACAUGCAUUUUACAUAAUAUCUUUAUAACUCUUCUCAAUUGAAUCAAAAAUUGGGAGUAAUGAUGGCUAAUAUUAAAUUAAGUAUAAAUAAUUUUGUAUUGUAACAAUAAAACUAUUUUAACUUUAA